UGUUGUGGCACGACUCAGCCAGAUUUCCAAUCCCCCUCCUAUGUGCUGAAUCAUCAGGAUUAUUGGUGUGAAGCUGCCCUCAAUCCAGGAUUUAUAUGCAUCUAGAGUCAGGAAGCAAGCAAGCAACAUCAUUGUAGACCCAUCACACCCUGGACAUCACCCGUUCCAACUCCUUCCUUCUGCUCGUCCUGUCUGGCUGGGCACGAUGUCUCCGGAUGAGGGCACCGAGUGGCUCCUGCAGCUGCUAAAGGAGGUACAACUGGAACAGUUCUACCUGAGGAUCCGUGACGACCUCAAUGUUACCCGUCUCUCGCACUUUGACUUUGUCAAGACUGUCGACCUGGAACGAAUUGGGAUGGGGCGGCCAGGGCACAGACGUCUCUUUGAGGCAGUGAAGCGAAGGCGGAUGAUGGCUCGGCCAAAGUCAUGGAUGUCUAAGGUGUUCAGUGCGAAGGCGGGUGACAACUACGAUCAGCCGUCGUAUGCAGGUGGGCAAAACCCCUCGGCCCCAGAGUCGGACUUUGCACUCAAGUGCCUGAUCAACGAGAGGGACCUGGCCCUGCAGGAGCGCCUGGGCAAUGGCUCCUUCGGCGUGGUGAGGCGGGGGGAGUGGAGGCUGCCCAACGGGCGUGUGCUCAACGUGGCCGUGAAGUGCCUGAGGCCGGACAUCACGAGCGAAGCUGAAGCCACAGCUGACUUCCUGCAGGAGGUCAACGCAAUGUAUGCGCUGAACCACCCCCACCUCAUCCACCUGUACGGGGUCAUCCUCAGUCACCCGAUGAAAAUGGUGACGGAGCUGGCCCCCCUUGGGUCCCUGUACGACCAUCUACGCAGCCGACAUGCAGCCUUCCCCAUCCACCUGUUGUGGCUGUACGCAGUCCAGGUGUGUGAGGGCAUGGACUACCUGGAGUCCCAUCACUUCAUCCACCGCGACGUGGCUGCCCGCAACAUCCUGCUGGCCAACGAAGAGCUGGCGAAGAUCGCCGACUUCGGCCUGACCCGCUCGCUCUCUGACACUGACCACUACGUGAUGCAGGCUCAUCGCAAAAUCCCCUUUGCCUGGUGCGCUCCAGAGAGCCUGAAGUCGGGAACCUUCUCCCACGCGUCUGACGUCUGGAUGUACGGGGUUUUGUUGUGGGAGCUGUUCUCCUACUGCGAGGAGCCCUGGUUGGGGAUGUACGGCCGAGAGAUUUUAAUCAUGAUCGACCGUGAGGGGAAGAGACUGGAGCAACCGGUUGACUGUCCGGCCAAUAUCUACAGCUUGGCACUUCGCUGCUGGUCAGCGGUGCCCGAAGACCGUCCCUCCUUCAGCUCACUCCGGCCACGAAUCAAAGAGGCCCGGCCGCUGGAAGUGAAGGCUCUGCAGGACUUCAGCGAGGCGGGGAAGCUGAAGAUGCAUGCUAAUGAUGGCAUCACAAUCAUCGAUGGACGGCCUGAGCUGGUGUUCUGGCGUGGACAGAACAAGAAGACCUUACAAAUAGGCCUCUUCCCUCAAGCCCUCGUGAUCACCAGCACCAGCCGACCCGGUCCAGCGAUCAGCACGCCGCUGAAGAAUUCCUUCGUUCACCUCGGACACGUAGACAUCGACCCGCGCCGCUCCUGGAGCUUCGCGGAGAACGUCAGCGACAAACUUGGGAGUAAUGUGGCCGACACCAGGUAUCCGAUCCAGCUGAUCAAGAUGUCAGGCCUGUCCCGCAGCCUGGACUCAAACAUCGACAGCACUGAGCACUUGUUGGACACCAGCCCAGAGAGGAUCCCCACCUCCAGGGAGCAGCUGUGGCAGGUCAGCAAGCAGGCUGCGGCCUCCGCCGUCGCCAGGGCCCAGGGCAAAGAGCGGCGGCGGCAGGGCCCGAAGGGGGGCCAGCGCUGGGCGGCCGAGGCCGAGGAUGUGACCCCCGCUGUGGCCAACAUGCGCCUCCGACCGUCCCAGCCCAGGCCCGACUGCUGGUCAGUGGCCUGGACCCAGGAACAGGAGCCGGCGGGACAGCCUCAUCGCCAGGCAGAGCCCAGGAGGGAGCCACGGAGCAGCAGGGCCGCUGAGCAGACAGGUAGACCCCGCGGCGCCAGGGGCAAUUAUCUGGUCAGCGAGGAGGUGAGACCUGCCCAGCAGGGGUCCAAGCCCAGCCUGCAGAGCAAAGUUAGACGUGUCCAGGAGGCGGUGCAUGGAGUCACCAUAGAGGAGUGCCAGGAGGCGUUACACAUCACCCAUUUCGAUACACAGAAGGCCAUCCAGCAUCUAAAGGUCCAACAACUCUACAACAUGAGUCAGAUGACUCGAGAGCAGUGCCAGCAAAUCCUCCACGAGUUUAACUGGAACCUGGAGAAUGCCAGCCAGUUCCUGCUGAAGAGGAGUUUAAAAUCAUGACAAUCCCGCAAGGAACACAGGAGGAAACUGGUUUCAGCUCCCAGCUGGAGGACAGACUUUGGAGGGGCGUCUGCGGGAGACCCUCUGGGGUCGUGCCACUGCUCUGUUUUCCAGCAACCACGUGUCAAACUGGCAACUGUGCACCCGACACAGCAGGACUUCCCCGAAGGGAAAUUGUGAUGGGCAGAAAUUUGGGAAAGGUGCACCUCAGCCCUCCGAGGGUGUCUGAAUCCAGGGCAGCCCGUGGGAUCUCUGGCUUAGAACGUAGAGCCGUAUAGGACAGGCACAGGGCCUUUGGCGAGCUAAUUGGUAAUUAAUGUCCAAUGAACUCAUCCUGUCUGCCUUCACAAUAUCUUCCCAUUCAAUGUGCCUACGUAUCAGCACUUUGUCGUGGUUAGGACAACGUUUACAGUACCAGUGACCCGGGUUCAAUUUCCAUGCUGACUGUGAGGAGUUUCUAUGUUUUCCCUCCGCUUUCCUCUCACAGUCCAAAGAUAUACUGGUUAGAAGGCUAAUGGUCAUUGUGACCAACUGACCACUGGUUCGAGUCUCUGCCCUCAGAGGGGCCGCUGGUUCGAGUCUCUGCUCCCGGAGGGGCCACUGGUUUGAGUCUCUGCCCUCGGAGGGGCCGCUGGUUCGAGCCGCCGCCAUCGGAGGGGCCGCUGGUUCGAGCCGCCGCCAUCGGAGGGGCCGCUGGGUCUCCUUGCUCUCAAGGAUGUUACCGAAAUUCUGAAAUUUACGGAUUGGACUGAGUUCAGAUUCGCUGUGGUUCAGUUUGGCCUCUGUCAGUUCAAUGUGUGUUUUCUCGUGUUCUCGCCCAUUCUUUCUUGUUGCAGACUGGCGGGCUGUGGGUUAUGUGUGAUCUGUUAGUUUUUGUGCGAGGGAGGAGUUGGAGGUGUUUGGGAAUUGCGAGUUUUUGCUUCUCUUUCUUUUCGUGCGGGGGGGAGGAAGGGGGAUUGACAUCUUUCUUUCAACUGCCGAUUUUCCGUAUUCUAUGGCCAUCUGGAGAAGACACGUU